AGGCUAGUUUAAUUGAUCUCCGAAUAGCUGUGAACAAGAAUUGCACGAGAAUGUGCAUUCUUUUUCCUCUCGAGGUACUUGCAGCUACCUGGAAUGCUGCGUGGACUGUUCCCCAUUCAUUGUAGACAAGCAUGCUUGAAUCCACCCUGUUGCAUUGGGAAGAACUAGACAAAACUCGGGGAGAUCUAGAUGUUGGGAUUUGAAUAUUAAUUGUGAUCAUAUGAUUUGCGGAUUAUUCACUUUUUUUAUUUUAUUUGAAAUAGUUAUGCUUGCCUACUAGCAUAGGAAUUGUACAGCCAGUUAUUUUUUAUUAUUCAUUUUAUGUGCUUAAUAGUCAUAAAUCAAGCUGGAAUGUCGCAGUAGUUGUAUUGCCCUUCGUCUGUGUAUUCUGUACAUCGUUUGGUUCUUUGUUUGGAGGAGAAAGUGUUUUGCCUUUGUUGUGGUGAUCAUAAAAAAAAUUCCGGUAAAACCGGGGACUAAUCCAAAUGGAACCCCUGUACUCCAGCUGUUAAUAUGAUGUCAUUUUAACGUGGAAGAGAGACCGGCUUUAGAACCUGCCCACGAUGACGACUGGGCGGAGUCGGGGUUGUAAACACGAAUAAAAGUACUGUGUGCCGGUUUUUAGGCAUUGUGGAGUUGUGUGUGGACCAGGGUGUAGAACUUACACGUGUUUAAGUAGGCCAGUUCGAAAGUUUGAAUUAACUUUCCUAUACAUUUCUACAAAACCGAGGGGAGUUUAUUUUUUUGACUGAAUGCUGAGCGGAUUGUCUUUUUCUGAUUUUUCUUCAGAUUCUGCCAAGAUGUUGCAGAGUUUCUCCCCCUCGCGCGACUGGUUCUACGACUCGGAACCGCUGCUCUUUGACGAGGAGUUAUGCCAGAGUCUGAUGCAGUCGAUACCCACGCCGCCACAGUCCCCACCACUCAAGUCGGAUUUAAGUAAAGAAUUAUCCAAAGAGGAUCAGUUGGAACUUGUCUCAGAACUUUUGCUGGAAGAUCAGGACUUUCUUCAUCUGUCUCGUCUUUGUGAUUUUAUGCACGACAACGAUGCCUCUAUUGUCAAAGACCAACAGAUCGGCGUUUCGGAUGCGGACGAUUGCUUGUGGCAUUUGGGAGAGAAAUCAAUGGACAAGUUACCUGUGCUCUCAACCAGCCCACUGCUCUCAGACAUCGACACCUACAUUUUCGAGGAGAUUGCCGGCUCUACGCUGCAGUGCCACGACGUGUCGCUGGAGAGCAAGGCUUCUUCGGAAAAGGAGGACUUCUUGUUAGACAGCCAGGAGCAGAGUGAAUCGUCCUCGGAUUAUGGCUCUCUUUCUGCUGGUGGUGAUUCAUCGACAAGCGAUUCUGAGGAAGAGAUUGAUGUUGUAACUGUCAGAAGGUCCAGCACGCGAGCCCAACAGCGCGAGCAGCAGGAGGAGAGUCGGCGAGAGCAGCUGCGAGCUCUGAAGCGCUGCCACUUGGAGAUCCAGCAGCAGCACAACUACGCGGCGCCUCGGCCCUCCUCCCCCGUCCGGACCGAACACCACUCCUCUUCCAGCAAACGCUCACGCACCUCGGACCUGUCCCACCACCGGCUAUCCCUCUCUGGUAGGCCGCGAGGGAUCGCUGCCAGGCACUCGGCAGAAGUAGAGGACGAGGAGGAGAGGCGACGGACGCACAACGUGAUGGAGAGGCAGCGGCGGAACGAGCUGAAGAACUGCUUUCUGCGCCUGCGAGACCACGUGCCCGAACUGUCCAAUAACGACAAAGCGUCCAAAGUGGUGAUUUUGAAACGGGCAAGGGACAGUAUCAGAAGCCUGGAGGUAGAGAACCAGAAACUGAACUCCAAGAAAGACAAACUGAGAGACAGGCACGAUUGGCUCAAAUCCAGAUUGGAGCAGCUGAGGAGGUCAUGAUCCAUGGGGGUCAUGUUGUUUUUUGUCGGACUUGUAAUGGACCAGUUUGAGUCUUCUGUGUUGAUACUGCCUUCAAGCAAAGUGUCCCUGCUGACUGUUAAUAUUUCUUAAGAGACUUUACAUUUGUUCAGUGUUGAAUUUGAAGUGUAUGUGCAUGUUGGGCACAGCAGGAAUUGUUCUCAUUCAUUCAUUCAUUCAUUCAUUCAGUCAUUUAUUUAGCCUUUUGUCAAAUUGUUUUUGUCUAUUUCCACAAGUCUUAAUGUUUUUACAAACUGCAUUCUGUGUAUAACCCUAGUCAAUUGGCAGGUUUUUUUUUUUUUUUACAGUGAUUCCUUCAAGUACUUGACAUGGUGACGACGCACGUCUUUUGACAUUCCCCCAAUUCUUGUUACUUUUUUGUUUUUGGUUUUUGUUUUCUAUCUCCUUUUGGGCUGGCACCAAUUUGUAUGAUCAUGAGGGGGUCGAAUGUGAUUUCACCAAUUCAGCUACUUGAUCGACAUGAACUGAUGUGUAAUAACUGAUUGAUUAGGAAAAGUAUAUUAAAAGUAAAACGCCUGUAUAUUCAUUCGUUGAGAGUCCGCUUUCAUUUGUCAAUCUUAUGAUGGAUUAUCUACCUCCAUUAGGAAAGACCUGGGAUCCCGUUGUGGCAACUGUAAAUGAUGUUUUUGGUUUUAAUUGUUUUAUGUGUAAAUUAUUUAGUGUAUUUUUCUUUUGUUCAUUUGAAGUAAAAGUUCUGUUCUUUGCAGCACUUUGUUUUAUAGUAUAAUAAAAAAGAAUGAACAAGA